AUGCCGAAAUUUCAGUUGAAGCUUGGAGACAAGUGGGAGGACUUCGUUGACCGCGAGGAUGAAGUCCUGAUGAAGGCGUUUCUGAGUGGGAAGAAGUUUGCGGAGUUCCACAGCCGAGGGCAGGACUACUAUGUCGACUUUGCUAAGAUGCUACAGAGAAACAAGAAGACAGGCAAGGAGCGCCCCAUCAAGAUCAUCUAUGACGAAGAAGGCAAGCCGAAGCCCGCGAAGAUGGAGUAUCCCAAGCCUACUGCAGACCAGGCUUUGCAUGGCAUGGCUGGCAGCAGGCCACCCGUCGUGGAAGGUGCGGUUGUGGGGUACACUCCUGGCAUGUCACCAGCUCAUGCACCCGCGCUUGGCCUAGUUGUGUUGCUUGACGUUGUUUGCUUGUUGACGCUGCUGGUGACCCAGUCCAGUUCUGUCCAAACCUAG